GACAGUGUGGUGCCGCCGUGGUGUCAUGGUGCUGCCCCUGGACUGAGGGGAGAAAACUCCUUAAGUUUAGCUCGGGAGACACAGCCGCGAUAGCAUCGCGGCCGCCGUGCUGUCCCCUGCGGGGCGCGCGGGCUGGCGGAUCCCGGCUGCUGCGCGGCGGCGGCAGAGGGAGCGGCAGCGAAGGCGGGCGGCGGCCUAGAGUGGUGGCGGCGGCGGCGGCGGCAGCGACCGCGGCCCAGGAGCUCGCGCCGGAGCUCCAGCCAGCUCGCCGCGGAGGCAGGCGAGCGCCCAGCGCCCCGGGGCGCGCGGAGGAGAUGGCUGGCACCUGGGAACGCUAUGGGUGAAAGCCCAGCCUCUGUGGUUCUUAAUGCCCCAGCAGGAUUAUUUUCACUAAAGAUGGAAACACUGGAGUCUGAAUUGACCUGUCCAAUCUGCCUAGAGUUGUUUGAAGACCCCCUUCUGCUCCCUUGUGCUCAUAGCCUCUGCUUCAGCUGUGCCCAUCGCAUCUUAGUCUCAAGCUGCAGCUCUGGUGAAUCCAUUGAACCCAUUACUGCUUUCCAGUGUCCUACAUGCAGGUAUGUUAUCUCGCUUAACCACCGGGGCCUGGAUGGUCUCAAGAGGAAUGUGACCCUGCAGAACAUUAUUGAUCGCUUCCAGAAGGCUUCAGUCAGUGGGCCUAAUUCGCCAAGUGAGAGCCGUCGGGAGAGGACUUACAGGCCCAGCACCGCCAUGUCUAGUGAGCGAAUUGCUUGCCAAUUCUGUGAGCAGGACCCGCCAAGGGAUGCAGUAAAAACGUGCAUCACCUGUGAGGUCUCUUACUGUGACCGCUGCCUGCGGGCCACACACCCCAACAAGAAACCUUUCACCAGCCACCGUCUGGUGGAACCAGUGCCAGACACACAUCUUCGAGGGAUCACCUGCCUGGACCAUGAGAAUGAGAAGGUGAACAUGUACUGUGUAUCUGACGACCAACUGAUCUGUGCCUUAUGCAAACUGGUAGGUCGUCACCGAGACCAUCAUGUCGCAUCCCUGAAUGAUCGAUUUGAGAAACUCAAGCAAACCCUGGAGAUGAACCUCACCAACCUGGUUAAGCGCAACAGCGAACUAGAAAAUCAAAUGGCCAAACUAAUACAGAUCUGCCAGCAGGUUGAGGUGAAUACUGCUAUGCAUGAGGCAAAACUUAUGGAAGAAUGUGACGAGUUGGUAGAGAUCAUCCAGCAGAGGAAGCAAAUGAUUGCUGUCAAAAUCAAAGAGACAAAGGUUAUGAAACUGAGAAAGUUGGCACAGCAGGUUGCUAAUUGCCGCCAGUGUCUUGAACGGUCAACAGUCCUCAUCAACCAAGCCGAGCAUAUCCUGAAAGAAAAUGACCAGGCACGGUUUCUACAGUCUGCAAAAAAUAUUGCUGAGAGGGUCGCUAUGGCAACUGCAUCUUCUCAAGUUCUGAUUCCAGACAUCAAUUUUAAUGAUGCCUUUGAAAACUUUGCUUUAGAUUUUUCCAGAGAAAAGAAACUGCUGGAGGGGCUAGAUUAUUUAACAGCCCCAAACCCACCAUCGAUCCGAGAGGAACUCUGUACUGCCUCCCAUGACACCAUUACAGUCCACUGGAUCUCUGAUGAUGAGUUCAGCAUCAGCUCCUAUGAGCUUCAGUACACCAUAUUCACUGGCCAGGCUAACUUCAUCAGCCUGUAUAAUUCAGUGGAUAGCUGGAUGAUUGUGCCCAACAUUAAACAGAACCACUACACAGUGCACGGACUCCAGAGCGGGACGCGCUACAUCUUCAUUGUUAAAGCCAUAAACCAAGCAGGCAGCCGGAACAGUGAACCUACCAGACUUAAAACAAACAGCCAGCCCUUUAAAUUGGAUCCCAAGAUGACUCACAGGAAGUUGAAGAUCUCCAAUGAUGGAUUGCAGAUGGAGAAGGAUGAAAGCUCUCUGAAAAAGAGCCAUACCCCAGAGAGGUUCAGUGGCACAGGGUGCUAUGGGGCAGCCGGAAAUAUAUUCAUUGACAGUGGCUGCCACUACUGGGAAGUGGUCAUGGGUUCCUCAACAUGGUAUGCAAUUGGCAUUGCCUACAAAUCUGCUCCAAAGAAUGAAUGGAUUGGCAAGAAUGCCUCCUCAUGGGUCUUCUCUCGCUGCAAUAGUAACUUUGUGGUUAGACAUAACAACAAGGAAAUGCUGGUGGAUGUGCCUCCACAGUUGAAGCGGCUGGGUGUCCUCCUGGAUUAUGACAACAACAUGCUAUCUUUCUAUGACCCAGCUAACUCUCUCCAUCUUCAUACUUUUGAUGUGACCUUCAUUCUUCCAGUUUGUCCAACAUUCACAAUUUGGAACAAAUCCCUUAUGAUCCUGUCUGGCUUGCCCGCCCCAGAUUUUAUUGAUUACCCUGAGCGGCAGGAAUGCAACUGCAGGCCUCAAGAAUCCCCCUAUGUUUCUGGGAUGAAAGCUUGUCAUUAAGUUUCAAGAGAGCAUAUAAUUCAGCAGCUCUCCAGUUUAGCAGUUCUUCCCCUCCUAAACCUAAGGUAGUGUUCAACAUAUGAGAUAUAAAAUAAAGUUCAUUUGAAGCAUCCAAAAUAACUAGAUAUUGUAGAUUUAAUUUUGUGCAUUAAAGCUUGUAUUUGGAUUAA